AUGCAUACACUUGAUCAGUAUCGAGGCACUAUUGUAGCCUGCCGCUACAACUUGCCGGCAAGUCUCACGCGUCUGGAAUCCCUCGAGACACUCAAGGGCGUUUUCUACAACGCAAUCGCACAAGUAGUCCUCGCCCAACCACAUCUACAAACCGGUAUUAUAGGCGAGAACUCCAAGAAUCCAGAGUUUGUUCGCCUUGAUCGACUUGACUUUCGUAACCACGUUAAAUGGAUCACAUUGGAGAGCUCGAGCAAUCUCGAGCAGCAGUACCUGAAGUUGAUGCAAUCUCAGCUCGAUGCCAGGUACAGUCAUCUCUCAAGUCAGCCUGGCUGGAGGGUAAUUAUAUUGCAUGAUAUUGCGGCCCAAAACUUAGAGGUGUUAUACGUUUGGAACCAUCCACAUCACGAUGGGAUGAGCGGCAAGAUAUUCCACCAUCAGUUGCUUCAGAUUUUAAAUGAAAACUCGAGCCAAAACAAAGAAUCUGUACUCGAGACUCAGCAGGGCUCGGACAAUUGGGUUCUAAACCUUCCCGAUUCUUCUCAGCUGCUUCCGCCGCCGCCCGAAGUCUUAAUCUGGUGGCCUAUGACACCAGUGUUCCUGGUGAAAGCCCUCUGGAAAGAGUUGAAGCCCUUGUCGAUCUUUGGACCGAGUAACACACACGCGACGUGGGCCCCAGUACAGGUCACCCCUUUUGCGACCAGAUUUCACACUUUCACGGUCGACAAUGACGUUCUUACAAAAGUAGUAAGCGCGUGUCACCAGCAUCAAACUACACUUACAGGCCUUCUACACGGUCUCGUUCUGGUUUCGCUCACAUCCGCGCUUGAGGGUAUGAAGGGGUUUGCAAGCAGAACUCCGUACGAUUUGCGGCACUUCUUACCGUCGAACGCUCCGAAAUACCCUCAUCUAAAACCAAAAGAGUCGAUGUGUAAUUAUGUUUCUGUCCUAGAUCAUGAAUUCGACGCCGAAUUGGUCGCCUCAAUCCGAGAUAAAAUGCCGUCCGGGGCCUUGGAAGCAAGCCUGCCUGCUGAUGUCGUGGACAUUGUCUGGUCUGUGUCGUCUCGUGUCCGGAAAGAGAUUCAAGCCAGAUUAGACUCGGCCAACAAAAACGACAUGAUAGGUAUUAUGAGGUUUGUCUCGGACUGGCGACCCCAGCAGGAAAGCGAGGCACACAAGCCGAGAUACUUAUCAUGGCUUGUCACGAAUCUUGGCGUCCUCGACGGAGCUAUUGAAGUGGCACGGGAACAAGAACAAAGCUGGUCAAUACGCCGAGCAGAGCUAGUCUUGAGCGCUGAGGUGCCUUCCGCUGCAUUGUCAGUCUCGAUCAUGACAGUCAAAGAUAGUCAGAUGUGUGUUACGUGCAGCUGGCAGGACUGUGUGGUUGAUGCAAGCCUGGGGGAACGUUUGCUGAGCGACCUGGAAAGAUGGCUGAAGCAAAUCGUGUCUUAG